AAAAAAAAUAAAAAACAUUUUCCUUUCAAUUAAUAAAUAAAUAAUACAUUGAACGACGCGGCUGUGCUAACUCUCCUGCAGUUCUGCACUAGCUCUCUCUAACUACGCCUGGAACUUCACAGGUUCUCUUCUCUCUUCGUCUUCUCCACCCACGGCAAACAUCAAAUUCCCUGCAAUUAUUUCUUCAUUUCUUGAUUCCCCGGCUGAAGAUCUCCCAGAAUUAUUUCAUACAAUCUAAAACCCAUUAAAAUUCACCAUUAAAUUUGGGAUUAAGAUUUCACAUUACAGGGAUUUACAGUUUCCCAUUGUUUUGGGCGGUCGAAGAUGAAUUUAAAAUUAAUUCAUUUAAUUUUGUUUUUAACCAUUGUAGCUCCUUCUAUUGUCAGAUCAAGUUCUAUUCUUGGCAUCUCUCCCCAAGAUGAGAAGUAUUACAGCACAGCCUCAGAAAUCAUUAAAUGUAAAGAUGGAUCCAAGAAAAUCAAUCGAAGUCAGCUUAAUGACGAUUUUUGUGAUUGCCCAGAUGGUUCAGACGAACCAGGAACAUCUGCAUGUCCAAAUGCUAGAUUCUACUGUCGGAAUUUGGGGCAUAUGCCCCUUAUAUUAUUCUCUUCAAGAGUGAAUGAUGGUAUCUGUGAUUGUUGCGAUGGAAGUGAUGAGUAUGAUGGCCAAGUUAAGUGCCAAAAUACUUGUUGGGAAGCGGGGAAAGCAGCUAGGGAUAAGUUGAAGAAGAAGAUUGCAACGUAUCAAGAGGGGGUGGCUUUGCGGAGAAAGGAAGUUGAGCAAGCAAAGGUAGCAUUUGCCAAAGAUGAGGAUGAAUUGUCUAAGCUGAAGAGUGAUGAGAAAGUAUUGAAGAGUUUAGUUCAACAGCUCAAGGAUCGUAAGGAACAGAUAGAGAAAGCAGAGGAGAAGGAACGUUUAGAGAAGGAAAAAGAAGAGAACCUCAAGAAGGAAUUGGAAAAAGAUUCUUCACGGGAGAAAGCACAAGAUGAGGAGAAAGCUGAUAAUGGGAAAGAAUAUGAUGAUAUUACACACGACGAUGUCAUAGACAAUCUUGAUGAUUACUUAAAAAAGGAAAACAGUGAGGAACCUGCAAAAGAGAAUGAUGAGGAGCUUACUGCUGUAUCUGAGUCUGGCUCUGACCAUGAAGAAAAGCACAAGUCAACGGGAUCGGAUAAUCCAGAAGGUUUGUCUAAGGAAGAACUGGGUCGUCUAGUUGCUUCUCGUUGGACAGGGGAAAAAACUGAUUCCAAGCCUGAAGUUUCAGAUGACGUGAAAGAUAUUGACCACACAGGCGAAAUAUCUAAAGAUGGCAAUGAAGAAGAUUCUGAUGGAUAUGCUUCUGAAUUCGAUGGGGAUGACGAGUAUGACAAAAAUGAUUCAAACAAUCUCAAUUAUGAUGAUAAUGAUGAUGAUCACUCAGAUGAUGAAUAUACUCCAGAGGAUCAUGAGGAUUCAAGUUCAUCCAGGCCUGACUCUGACGAUGAAUCAGUCAAGUUGGAUACUACAACUUCGAGUAACCCAUCAUGGCUAGGGAAAAUACAAAGAACUAUGAAAAGCAUCCUGCAUGCUGUUAAUUUGUUUCAGACUCCACUCAACAUUACAGAUGCUGCUCAAGUUCGAAAGGAAUAUGGUGAUUCAAAUGCCAAAUUAUCUAAUAUACAAUCAAGAAUUUCUAGUUUAUCGGUAAAAUUGAAACAAGACUUUGGACCACAAAAGGAAUUUUAUUUACUUUAUGAUCGUUGUUUCGAGACCAAACAGAACAAGUACACUUACAAGGUCUGCCCAUAUAAGAAGGCUACCCAGGAGGAGGGACACAUGACAACACGUUUAGGGCUGUGGGAAAAAUUUGAGGACAAAUACAAAACCAUGCUCUUUGCAAAUGGUGAUAAAUGCUGGAACGGACCUGAUAGGAGUUUAAAGGUCAAGCUCAGAUGUGGUUUGAAGAAUGAGGUUACUGAUGUAGAUGAGCCAAGCCGCUGCGAGUAUGUUGCUUUGUUAUCAACCCCAAGUGUCUGUUUGGAAGAUAAACUCAAGGAGCUGCAGGAUAAGUUGGAUGCCUUAAACCGUGAGCAACCACCCGGUCACGAUGAGCUCUAAUGUCCAUAAAGUUAUACAGAAAAACUAGGUUGUAAUAAUCCAAACAUGAUGGGCUCCCCUCUUGCUGGAAGCUAAGGAAGUUGCCUGGCGCAGGAGCUUGUUGUUUCUGAGCAGUUUUUUGCAGCGAAUAGUUCUACUAUACAAUUUGUAGGCGCUCAGAUGUUAUCGACAAUAGGUCAGAGUCAGGAUCAGCAAAUUUUGAUCCUGAUAGUGAUAACAGUGUUCACUUCAACAAUCGAAAGCAUAAUUUAUUGUAAUAGAGUAUGAUGUUUUUGGUCAGUCAUUGACAUAAUUAUGGAGCUGUAAGCCUGUAACAUUCUUAUUGUAAUUGGCAUAUUUGGUCUUCAGUGAGUGUAAACGUCACGCAUAUACUAUCUUCGGUUUGGA